UGGGUGAGCCUCAACAGAGGAAAAGCCGGUGUCAUUGUUGACUCAAGACGACGGCCAUACUUUAAACAUAAAUUAUUGAUAUUUUGGAUACAGUUUAUUGUUUUUUGGUUUGUUUCGUGCGUCAUAUAUUUUUUUAUGAUAUUUAGCAGAAACCGUUUGGUGCUUUUGAAACGCUACAUGAAAAGGGACAUUCACGGCGACGCUCCCUCCUCUGUGGCGUUUCCGAGGAACUGACUGAGCGAGCGGAGAAGAGGGGAGACCUCCACGCGCACUUUGGGAAUUAAAUCCUCUUUCCUUAUUCCUUCUCCUGCGGAAUAAAGUAAUGCUGCUAUCGAAGCUCAACUCGUUCGCUCACAUCUCCACCGUGGACAUGCCGGCGAAGAUCCAGCUCCAAGUUCAGCAAGUGAAGGAGAGGGAGCCCUUCGAGAAGGUGUACCAAGUGGGCUCGGUGCUGGGCAGCGGGGGCUUCGGCACCGUGUACGCCGGAGUGCGGCUGGCCGACGGCACGCCGGUCGCUGUCAAACAUGUGGCGAAGGACCGCGUCUCAGAAUGGGGAGAACUGGCGAGCGGCGCGCGGGUGCCCAUGGAGGUGCUGCUCCUCAAGAAGGUGGGCAACGGCUUCAGGGGCGUCAUUCGCAUGCUGGACUGGUACGAGCGGCCCGACAGCUUCAUCAUCGUCAUGGAGCGACCCGAGCACGUGAAGGACCUCUUCGACUUCAUCACGGAGAAGGGCGCCCUGCCCGAGGAGCUCGCGCGGAACUUCUUCCGCCAGAUCCUGGAGGCGGUGCGCCACUGCCACAGCUGCGGCGUCGUGCACAGGGACAUCAAGGACGAGAACAUCCUCAUCGACCUGCGCACCGGCGAGAUGAAGCUCAUCGACUUCGGCUCCGGGGCUCUCCUCAAAGACACCGUCUACACCGACUUCGACGGGACCCGAGUGUACAGUCCUCCAGAAUGGAUAAAGUAUCACCGGUACCAUGGUCGCUCGGCGACGGUUUGGUCCCUUGGUGUGCUGCUUUAUGACAUGGUGUGCGGAGACAUCCCCUUUGAGCACGACGAAGAGAUCCUGAGGGGUCAGGUUCUUUUCCGAAGGAAGGUCUCCGCAGAAUGCCAGCAGCUAAUCAGGAUGUGCCUGUCACUGCGGCCAUCGGAGAGGCCUUCCUUCGAGGACAUCGUCAACCAUCCCUGGAUGCAGAGCCCGGUGGCCUCCACGGAUGCUGCAGACAUCCGCCUGCACAGCCUGAGCACAGAGUCGACUGCCUUCCAACAGCCUGUCAUCAACCACUGAACUGCACCGAGAAAAGGACAGUUGGAUGACUGUGACCGAAGGAAGCGCCAGUUCGAGUUUUCUCCUCUGUGAGGAUAAGUUGGGCUCUAGAGGAGAAAGAAAAUGUUCACGUUUAUGUUUGUUUUUGCAUGGAGACAGUGUAAAGGUGGACAGUGCCAGUGUAGACUGGGUGGGGCUGGCGCAGCCGGUUGGGAGUUAGAGCUCGGCGCAGGUGUCGAAAGUGUCCACCUGCGUUUCUCCCACCCGGACUGGUUUGAAGUGUCUGCGGGAAGAGCCUAAACACCCUUGGCGGUGUUCGGGCAGGGCAGGGCAGGGCAGGGCAGACGGGAGCAGGUGAGGUUGUGGGCAAGGGAGGUGCCUCUGUCCUCCUGGAUGCACUGAUGCACCGUCGUGCAGGACGGUUGCACGCGACGCAGCUCAGGACCUCAGCGGCGCUUCUCCAGGGUGUGCCCUGCUCAAUCAGAACCAGUUUAACAGAAAGGACCAAGGCUGGCCAGUAGUGAGCGAGCGCCUGCUCGCCACACCUUUGGCGUGACAGCGUGAGCUACUCUGGAGCUAGCAAAUGUACUCUCACUGUUGUGGGAACACAGAAGAGCCUAGGUGAGAAAUAAAGCGGACUGUAAUACAGUACUGGACUUUCUCAGAUGCAUAAAGAUUAACAUAUUGUGCCUUAUGUGAGUUACGUCACUAGGGACUGAGGUUAUACUUGAAUUUUGAAAAUUACAAAUGCGAUACCACUCUGUUCCUUAACUGGACCCGGACUUUAUCCUGCUUCAGUCUCUUUGAUGCGGGUUUCUGUGGCCCCGCCCACUUUUGCGUUGUCAGCAUCAACCGGACGACCUCGGAGAGCCUGUGCAAACGCCAUCUGAGAGCUUUACCUCACUAACGCAUUCUUCCAUCCUCACCUCGAAAGUCCGAGACGCG